UAGUUUUUUUAAAAUGAUGGAGUAUUUGUUCAGUGCAAGAUUUUAAAAAAGUAUUCUGUAAUAAAGUAAACCACAACUCUCAAACGACUGUUUCGUUUCCCUCUCCCCAAUACCAAAAUAAAAAACAAACCCCAAAAGCUGAUAUUGAUUACAAAAAGGAUAACAAAGGAUAAUUUCGCUUCGAUUACAGUGAAUUUUACUUAGGUACAUGCACAAUUUUUUGUUAUUUUCAAAGCAUUUUUGAUGAUAUUUUAUUUCAUUCGGGAAUUUUUUUCUAAUUAUCUUGCUUGUUUUCGUGAACUCCAAUAACCUUGCUUGGAAUCAUCAUGUGCAAUACACUUGAAUUGAAUCAUAUUACGUCGAUUUUUUUUCGUAUUUAAUCACAGUGUUAAUGUUCCAUAAGCGUUACAAUGACUUACAAUAAGACACUUUUAAUGUUCUUUUUUUCCUGGUGAACAGGCCUAUGUAUUUCAAUGGUGCUCAGCAUUUUUGAUUAGAUUUAUUGAUUUCUUUUUUUCGCCCAUCGAACAAAUAGAAUAAUGUGAAUUUAGAGGGAUGCUGCACCCUUUUUUUCAAUGCCUUUGUCCAUCCCUCCCAUUUGUGCUUUUUCUUUUUUUUUUUUUUUUGGCACGCAGCAUCAGGUUUGCAGCGUCCGUGUUGUCCGACGUCCAUUCGAGCGUGCUCGUCAAGGUAAAGCCUGUCCGAAGUGCAGUCUUGUCUGUUUGCAGAGAGCAAAAGAGGCGGAAAAUCAAGCAAGACGUGAACUGGUUUCCAUGUCAAACACUUCAAUUCACCAUAGAAACUCAGAUCUUAACGCGGCGACUUUAUUAAACUGUGAUGGCGGAUUGAUAAGGGCCCAAUUUCUAUCGCCCUUGCUCGCGUUUUUUUUUUUUUUAUUGUGGGCGCCAAGGCGGUCUGACAGAGGUAAAUUGCUCUUUUAAUUAAAGCAAUGCAGCAGAGGAAAUUGCUGUCUGAAUAUUGUCUCCGAGAUGGGGGCGCCCGCUGACAGUUGCCUGGAAACUUCAAUCUGUCCACUCGCGUUUAUUCCAGAUCCCAGUUAUGAGAUAAAGUUUAAUAAAAAAUCCCCCCGUUUUCCUCCGCCUGCAGCAAGCAAAUGAAAGCCAAGCCUUUUGUGCACAAGUGAGCACAAUGAGAAGGGAGAGCGGAGGAAAGCUCGUGUUCAACAUGUUCCUCUCAGAUCCGACAGAAAAUCUGUUGAAAGACAACAAAGGAGCAUCCUGGGGUCCGAUCAAUACCGGAGCACAAAAAGGCAGCGGCCAGAUCCAGCUGUGGCAGUUCCUGCUGGAGCUGCUCUCGGACAGCAGCAACGUGUCGUGCAUCGCGUGGGAGGGCACCAACGGCGAGUUCAAGCUGAUCGACCCGGACGAGGUGGCGCGGCGCUGGGGCGAGCGCAAGAGCAAGCCCAACAUGAACUACGACAAGCUCAGUCGGGCGCUGCGCUACUAUUACGACAAGAACAUCAUGACCAAAGUGCACGGCAAGCGCUACGCCUACAAGUUCGACUUCCACGGCCUGGCGCAAGUGUGCCAGCCCUCUUCCACCGAGCAGGCUCUCUACAAGUUCCAGGGCAACUUCUCGCCCAUCCCCUUCUCGGGCAUCUCCAAACUCAACCUGCAUGUGGCGCCCGCCGUCGGCCCGUCUGGUUUCUCCUACUGGGCCGGCUCGCCGUCGGCCGCCGCCCUCUAUCACCACCACCACCAUCCCCAUCACCACGGCGCCAACCUGCAGCCCCCCGGCCCCUUCGCCACCGUGUCGCCGAGCCACAUCGGCUGCGGCGUGAACGGCAUGAACACGCUGAGCAACAUUAAUAAUCCCUACAAUUGACUGACUGACGUCUUGGCGCAGGUGACGUCACGGAGAGGAAGGAUCGCGCGUCGCAGUCGCUUCCGGGGUGCGAGCGUGACGUGUGCGGCGCUGGUUCACACGCGCACACAAAAAUAAGCGAUCUCUCCAAGAACCGCCAAGAGACCUGCGGUUGUGUCAAACAUAACCCAAUUAUGGGGCAAGGGGGGGACCGACCGCUACUUGGGUCAAUUUGAAUGUUUUUGUGCAAAA